UCUUAUUUUCCAACAGAAUAUCCGUGUUUCCGGUAGUACGGCUGACUUGACGCAGCGUCGCUAAACAAACAUGGCUCUGCUACAUUAUCACCCAACGGACCUUUAUGAUACGUAGGCAGGCGAAAAGGGAAAUAUGCAACGAUUGAUUAGAAGCAUGUCAUGUAUAAUGUGAGCCUGUGCACGGAGAGACGCUGUGCGGUUUAGCUGGUUAGCUUAGUGUAGCCUUUUGUGACCGUGUUUACACAUAGCUAGCUGUCCAAGUUGGCUAAUGUAAGCUAGCAAGAUGGACCUUGGAACAAUGUUGUACAACAAUUUAAAAGAUGUUACCUGGAGUACGACGUCUUUACCUUUAGAUCAACUUGUCAGCGCGUAUAAGUUGCCUCAAAUUGUCAAGCUGGAUAACGGUCAGUUGGUUGAAGGGCUCAGAGACAACGACUACCUCUUGAUUCAUUCCUGCCGUCAGUGGACGACGAUUACCGCUCACAGUCUGGAGGAGGGACACUACGUCAUUGGGCCCAAAAUAGAGAUCCCAGUUCACUAUGAAGGUCAGUUUAAGCUGCUGGAGCAGGACAGGGAUGUCAAGGAGCCUGUGCAGUACUUCAACAGUGUGGAGGAGGUGGCCAAAGCAUUCCCCGAAAGGGUGUACGUCAUGGAAGAAAUCACCUUCAACGUUAAGAUGGCUUCAGGGGAAUGCAACGAAGACACAGAAGUUUACAACAUAACACUAAGCACUGGCGAUGAACUGACAUUAAUGGGCCAGGCUGAGAUCCUCUAUGCCAAGAGCUCCAAAGAAAAAUCAAGAUUCAACACCCUGUUUAAGAAGAUCGGCAAGCUGAACUCCAUCAGCAAGAUCGGUCGGGGAAAGAUGCCCUGCUUGAUCUGCAUGAACCACCGCACCAACGAGAGCAUCAGCCUGCCUUUCCAGUGCAAAGGCAGGUUCAGCACCUGCAGUCCGCUGGAGCUUCAGAUGCAGGACGGCGAGCACACCAUCAGGAACAUCGUGGAGAAAACCCGUCUCCCUGUCAACGUCACGGUACCCAGCAGCCCGCCCCGCAACCAGCACGACCUCCACCUCAUCCGAGAGGGUCACCGCUACAAGCUGGUCAACAUUCAGACGAAGACGGUGGUCGUGUGCUGCAUUUUGCGAAGCAACAAAAUCAUCCCCGUCCAUUUUCCUUUCCACAUGGCCAUGCCGAGAUUUAUUGUCCCAGAGGAGCUCCUGCAAGGAGAGCUGUGGCUGGACACUAUGGUACAUCGCUGGUUCUCCUUCUGCCAGGAACAGUUUGACAUCGACGACUACUCCCGUGCCGUCCGGGACGUGCGGACAGACUGGAACGACGACGGCAAAAGUCCCAAGAAAACCAGUGGGAAUGGCAGCUGCAGUGGGAGCAGCGGAGGCAGCGGCAGCUCUAACGGGUGUCCCAACCACAUGCAGAUUCCCACCUCCUUAACGUACGCUAGAGAUGAACUCACCCAGUCCUUCCACCGGCUGUCCGUGUGCGUUUAUGGCAGCAACCUGCACGGUAACAGUGAAGUCAACCUGCAGGGCUGCAUGACGCUAUGUGGAGACUGGGCUCUCCUGCCCUCUGAUAGCAAUCCCUCCGAAUCUGGAGAAAACGAACACUUUUUCCCCGAGCUGGACAGCACAAACCAACAACCGCCUCUCAACAAGAUGGACGUUCCCUACGAGGAGCUGUGGUUGGAUCACUUGAGGGGUCAGAUCCCCAAACCCUCCUCCAGUGAAGGAAUCCGAGGCAUCAACAAUGGCUGUGCGACGACAGCUGCUCUGUCGUUCCCGGUCACUUGUCCUCUUGGUGCCAUACCCAGUUCAGAUGUGCCUCUUACUCCGCCGCCAGUCCCUCCCAAGUCUGAAGCUGUGAAGGAAGAAUGUCGACUGUUGAAUGCCCCACCGAUCCCUCCGCGUAGUCUGAAGCAAAUGCCAUCGGUGCCAAUCCCGUCGAAGCCACGGCAGCAAGACACUCGGUCUCCAAGUCCGACCCUCUCCUAUUAUUCCUCUGGUCUCCACAACAUUAGUGGACCGUGUGAGCAGGAAGGAGCUGACCCACAAGAGCAAAGCCACGUGUGCUACCCUUGCAGCUGGGGCAAAUCCAACAGCACCGAACCAAACACUACUUCGCCCAGCGGCAGCCUGCUGUCGGACGGCGUGUCCUCCCGCUUGUCUUGGCCGAACAACUUCAGUGGAGGAGAGUCGCGCUGUAUGGAGGAGUUUCUACCAGCCAGCUGUCGAAGCUACUACAGUUACCCCAGGAAGAGAUCCCCGAGCACCCCGAAAACCUGCACGUCCAGCCUCGUUGACUUCGACGGCCGAGAACACGCGCACAGCAGCAAGGACUUCAGCUUGCAGAAAGCUUCCCUCAAUCAGAUCUGCACCAAAUCGUCGAGUUACAACUCAGAAAUGUACAGAGACAAGCCCAUAGAAGAAUCUAACACUAAGCAGAGCCUCUCCUGCCCCAUCCUACCGCCGAGAACGCCAAAAUCAAACGUCCUGAAGAAGUGCACAGACCUACUGUCGGAAUCAGUCUGCGACAGUACGCAGGAACCUUUGAACAGUUCGCUUACUCCUCAUGAGCAGGGCACAACAACGGAGAUCUAUUCCAUCUCUAACUCCUUAACUCUGAACUGUCCACCCGUUCCUCCCGCUGCGCCGUGGCAGCCGCCGUCCAGCCUGGCCGGCCUUUCCAUCGAAGAGGUGUCCAAAUCUCUAAAGUUUAUCGGCAUGCCAGACGACAUUGUUUCUCUUUUCGUGUCUGAGAAGAUCGAUGGGAAUCUGCUCCUGCAGCUCACCGAGGAGAUUCUGUCCGAGGACUUCAAGCUAAGCAAACUGCAGGUGAAGAAACUCAUGCAGUUCAUAAACGGGUGGAGACCCAAGAUAUAGCAGUAUGUGACACUACAGCGGAGAAAGUCAUGCCUUCAGUAUAUAUGCUAUGCACAUCAAGCCACAAAGACGGUCGUUGUUUUUUUUUUAAUUGUUUUUUUUAAUAUGAACUUUUUUUUGUCCUUGUUACUACAUUUGGGGAGGGGAGUUGGGUCGUACUUCCCACUUAAAGUCUGCUAUCUGCUAACUGAAUGGAAUCUUUUAGCACUUUCACUGAGACGUUUUCAUGUCGGCUACUUUUUCAUUGAACCGGUAUCCAUGUCAUUACACACAUCACAAGUUUAAACCAGCAAAAGGGAAAGGAAGGAUGUUCAGAACAUGAGGAUGCGUUCAGAUCUGCCUGAAGAGAACGUCGUCCGUCCAAAAAAGGGGGAUCCCACAAACAUCACGGGAUUUUUAAAAGAGCACAAACUAGAACAUGUUUGGCUGUUGCUUAUUUAAUGUUUAAAACGCAGUGAACACAGUUUACAGCUGAAUCUGGUAGCAGAACAAAUUAUAAUCAGUAAAACAAUCAGUGACAAGCUUGCUGUCCUGGGAUGGACCCGCUAUUGUUGGUUUUUGUUUCGGUUUCAUUCGUACAUUUACGGUAUUCUCAAGGUCAGGGAUGCAUGAAAUGAAACACUAAGUUUUGUAGAAUACUGGUGGAUUCGGAGCAGUCGACUGCCAACAGCUGUUAAAGCAGAAUUCAACCUGGAGUCCAGUUAAUGUUGUGGCUCUUAGUGUGAUGCUGAUUCUGCACUCUGUUAUAGAAAUGGUGUUUAGCAAAGCCUGCAGCUUCCCAAAGAGCUCCGUCAGUGUGCAUCGUUGAAAACUUGUCUUCAGUCGACCUGCAAGUAAACACAGAAAGUUAGCUGCUAGUUCCACGGCUGGAUCACCAUCAUCUAUGUGAACACGGAGAUGUUUCAGCCAUCAGCAGGUCCCGCUCUCCGUAGCCACAGUUUCCCUCCUCAGUCGGCAGCAGAGCGGUGAGCGUCCUGCUGUCCGUCCACCUCCGGCUCCGUCCCCGUAGGACAAAUCAGCCUCCCACAUGUAAACCAAUCAGCGCGCAGAGCGAUGAGGGCAGCUGGCAGGCAUCCCAGGAUGGAGAGCACUAAUGCAGUUAGCAAAAUGUCCGUUCCAGGCGGUCAAUUUUCUGUGUUUAGCUCCGGUCAGACUGAAAACAAGCAUGUCAAACGUUUUCACCUCUGCUUGGAAAGCUGCAGGGAGCUAAUGGUGGUGUUCUGUCCUCGUCGGUACAACCACAACAGCCACAUUAAUUAAAGUGUUCCAGGUUAAAACAAGCCACGUGUUCUUUUAACAAUCAACACUAAAGCUCGGCCUCGUGCACUAAACAUGUUUUACAAUCCCAAAUGGCAGAAACAGUAAACGAACCUCCUCCUUGAGCAUAUCCAGCCGAUGACAGGACAGAGGAGCUGUGACAUCAGUGAACCUGAUUUGAUUUUCUAGAUUUAAAUUAAACGGAAUGUAAUGAGGGAUACAACCAACAACAAUCUGGAUGAGUAGCUUUCUGUACAUCGAUGUGAUACGAGGUGAAAGACUGUUGGUUUACCGUCACGUUGAACCAACAACGCUUCGUUAGCCAUCAGAUUUUGGCAAAGUGAUCUAACUAUGCUAACACCAGUGAGCCACAUCGGCCUCCUACGAGAUGUAACAACGACCCCGUCUUUAUGCAACGAGCUUUUCUUUGAUGCCUUUUUUUUAAAAAUCUAAAGUUGAAUUCUUCUAAUCUAACUUGAAGUAGCUGAAGAUGACCGACUCGAGGCCUAACAAAGCGACUCUAACAUGGAAAUAACACACAGAGGUAACGGACCAUGACGUUCGACAUUUAAUACAAAUUACGCAUCAUGCACUUUGGUAUAUUUCCGUUUAAGAUAAUUGCAGUUAAGGUCAUUAAAUAUAAUCCUAUAAAAGAGUGAAUGCACUACAUGUUUUACAGACGGUACUUCUCCUAUUUUUUUUUUCACCCCCCUUAUUGUCUGUAUAUUAAGUGUCCUCUAAUGCAAGAAGUAAUAGUUUAUCUGCGCCUUAACCCAGAGACCUUAAAAUGUUUGAUAUUUCACUCCGGCUCGACAUUUUCGUUUUUGCUCGUCUUGAAAAUAUUCUCUUAAGGAAUGACGUCGGGUUGAAAAUGAAAAUGAUCGGCUGCGGUGAAGUAUUUGUUUAUAUUGGUGACAAACAUCUUGAUUCAGAGUUGAUUUAUUUAUGCAGUUAUUUAACAUAAAUAUGCAGAACAGCUAUCCUCAGAUUGUUUUGUAUGGCUGAUAUAUGAAGGUGCCUCUGCAGCAACAGCCUUUCUACGACCAGGGUCUGCUCUGCUGGCCAACAGCUGUUUUUUUUUUGUAUUAUUAUUAUUAUUAUUUUCCCCCUGACGCUUUUCGUAGUGGGGUGUUACAUAUUUUACUUGAUAUUUUUAUUUUGUAUGUAAGUGCAAAUUUAAUGUAAUUUUUUUUUUUUUAAGAAAAUGAUUACUAAUGUUGAGAUUAUUUUUUAUGGAGAAAAAUGUUCAAACUUUUUUUUUUUAUUCUGUAAAAUGUGUCGGGGGGUCUACUUAGGUUUACGAAUCCAUGCAUUAAAAUAAAACUCGGUCACAGGAAGAAGAAGAAAAGCUUCAGUCACACUACACAGACAGUGACCAAAAAAAAACAACGAUGUUAAUAAGCCAUGUGUCUGGAUGAUUUUUUUUUUUUUACAGAUUUCCUUCUAACUUCGUCGCAGUAUCCAUGUUGUAACGGGGAACGGCCUCUGCCCCCUUUAUAUGUCCGUUAACGUCUUAUGCAAUAGGAACAACGGAGCAGUGGAGUUUAAAAUAUAUAUAUGAUGUGUGUUAAAAUCGCCGCAGUGUUAAUUUCUUGCCAAAGGAAUUCUUCCAAGUCGAUCGUUUUACUUGAAUAAUUCUGAGAUACGAACUGUGAACACACAACUGGUCCACCUUCGUCCAGCAGGAUGUUCUGUGUUGAUGACACUGAGGCCUACGUAAUUCUUGCCCUUUUUUUGCAAAAAACAAAACAAAGAAGAGGUUAAAGACUGUGACACUGGGUUUGACAGCAUUACUGAAAUCUUGAGUUAUGAACAGUUAUCUUUCAAUUUAACUCCUUUCCCUAUUUUUGAUUGUAUAAUCUAUUAAAAAUGGAUUAACUGGUG